CGGAGCCCGCGCUCCCCCUCGGCGGCGGAGGGGGCGCCUCGGCGCCGGUGUCCUUCCGCGGGACUAUGGAGGGCGGAGGCGCGGCGGCCGCGGCGGAGGGCCACGAGCAGCCGCCGCCGCUGGGCCUCUGCGUCCUCUGCGGCCUGCCGGCUGCCGGCAAGUCCACCUUAGCGCGAGCCCUCCGGGAUGGGCUGCGCCGGGGGCGGGGCUGGGGCUGCGUCGUCAUCACGUACGAUGACGUCAUCCCCGAAGACUUCCUCCAGGGAGGAGCCGCGCACUCAUCGUCACCCUGGAAGCGGCACCGGCACGAGCUGCUCUCCUACCUGGAGCUCCUGGUGGCGGCCCUCGCCGGCGGACGGCGUCGGCAGCCCUCCGGCCCGGGCCUGGGGACCGACCCCACGUGGGGCCGCUUCGUGGCCUGCCUGCGGGCUCAAGGCCUCGGGGCUCCCGGAGAGGCCGGGGCCCCGGCUGACGGCGGAAAGACGGCUGAAUCCGGGCCCUUCUGGGUGGUGUUGGAUGACAACUUUUACUACCGAAGCAUGCGCUACGAAGUGUACCGGCUCGCUCGGAAAUACGCGUUAGGCUUUUGCCAGUUAUUUUUAGAUUGCCCGCUUGAGUCUUGUCUGCAGAGGAAUCGCCAGAGAAGUAGGCCGUUACCUGACGAGACCCUCUUUCUGAUGACGAAAAAGUUAGAGAUACCAAACCCGGAGAAAAACGUGUGGGAACGCAACAGCCUCACCAUCACGAGCUUUGAAAGCAACCCCGAAGACAACCCAGAGGUGACUCAUCUAUUGCUUACAGCUUUGGAAAACCCAGUAAAGUAUUUUGAAGACAACUCAGAGCAAAAGGAAACUGAUCGAAUUAUUUGUUCAACUAAUGUUCUUCAUCAAGCCGAUAAGACAUUCAGAGGAAUUAUCUCCCAGACCAUGAAGACUGCUAAAGAUAGAGAAGUGCUGCCAUGUCAAAUGAAGAGGCUGGCGGAAGAACUCAAUAAGCUUAAAACAGACUUUUUGGAAGAUCUCCGGCAAGGAAACGGUCAAAAGAAUCCAUGCUUUCAGCGGAGUGUGGACGUUACCGGUGUCAUUUCUUUAUUUCAACGUGAGAGAGACGACAUUGUACAGAAACUUCUGAGUGAGCAUUAAACCUCCUUUGGAUUGCCA